GUCCCGCGGCCUACAGUCCUACACAGUAUUAACGGUGGUAGGGUCGGGUUGAGAGGGAGAGAAGUGGAGGUGGAGACGCGUCCACAACAGAGACAUCACCAUGGCACCCCUCGGACUAAAAGCCAUUGUGGGAGAAAGUAAGAAUAUGUAUUUUUGUUUAACAAUCAACCAUCACUUCGUUAUGUAGGUCUAUGCACUAUUGUUAUUUUGUAUUUUUUCAGGUAAUGUGUGCAGGCCUAGGCUAUUUUAUUUUUGACAUUAUUUUUGACAUUCUAUAAAUGUUGGCUAAUUUAGGCUAUUUAGUUGGUUUUGAAUUACUAUUUUAUUUAGAUCUCAAUUUGUAUAUCAAACACAAUUUAAAUACAUUAUUUGGCCAAAAACUUGUCCAGAAGUAGACCUAUUGGAAGUAAAAUCUAGCGCGUCUCGCGUCCGGUACGAUUGCACAUCGUGCGUAAAGGCGCACCACCGCACUCUCAAUUAUCCUAUCUUUCUGCUUCAUUAGAUAUUGCAAAAUGUUGGUAUUUUAAUGUUCUGUUUUAAUGAUGUGCACUAUACAAUACUGGCAUUUGUUUUGUAGUGAGUUGCACCAUGGAAUUGUCGUUUCGGGUAAAUCCACAUGCGCUAAAUCCAUACGGAUUAAGCUAUUCCACUGUCAUCCUCUUCAGGGAGCAGUGCGCCUUGCUGCAUGGAUCCACCACAACACUGCUCCACACUCGGUUAUCUAAAGGCACCACGAGAGAGGCAAAUCUCUCCUUAUGUGGAUGAAAACGUGUAGGCCACAGGAGGUUGGUGGCACCUUAAUUGGGGAGGACGGGUUUAUGGUAAUGGCUGGGGCAGAAUUAGUGGAGUGGUAUCAAAUACCAUUCUAUUUGCUCCAUUCUAGACAUUAUUAUUAUGAGCCACCUCCCCUCAGCAGCCUCCACUGGUGUAGGCCUAUUACUUUGUAUUGUGUGCUUUUAAAAUCAAUCUGCUGUGUUGAAGGCGUUUAAUUCAAGAAAAGGCAUACAACCUAGUUUCCCCAUUACACACAUAAAAAGCAAGGCCUUUUCCAUGCAUGAAAAAGUGAAAACCAUAAUUCCACAAUGCAAUUUCAGUCUUAAAUACAUUACACAUUACUGUUUGGCUGGAAGUCUUUUUUAUUUAUGGUAGACAGGGGAAUAGAGAUAUUGGGGUUAAUGUGUGUUGCUAUUGCGUGGGUAUCCGCUAUUUAAUACCUCCUCAGAUACCCACUGUAUUUGAUUGAGGUGAGACAGGGUGGUGCUAUGGUGAUUCAGAGUUUGUCCCACUGGUGUGAAGUGAGCUGUGGUCUCCCGACUCCACCCAGCCACCAGUAACAUUCAGCAUCACCAACUACUAGCUAUGCUGGACUUCCUGAAAAUCACACAUUGUAGUACUGUGUACAAAAGGAGUACCAUUGGUGUUCACAGUUUGUUGACCAGUCAGUCUGUCUGUCCCUUCAAGUUUCUGGGUUGUUUUGCUCUUAAUCCUGAAGGCUUUUACUGUCAUACAGACAUAAAUACCCAUGAGUAUGACAAAUACUGUAGAAUAAAUUAGAAAUAGAUAGAAGUCACCCACUCAAAAAGACAGCGAAAAGUUAGUUGAAUUUCCAAUGUGUUAUCACUGCUUUCAACCAUCUAAAAGCACAACCAAAAUCCAAUGGAAAAACAAUGUCAGAUUUUUGGUUUAGUUGUCACCCAAAUAUCUAUCACUGACCCCACCCCUGUUUUGGUAAAAAGCUGAUGAAUGGGGUUGGAGAAAUGUAUCUACUCGUACAGUCAUAGACAGAGCUAUGGAAAAGGACUGACCAUCCAUGAUACCAAAACAAUAGUUUUAACCAUGUUUUGAGGCUACAUGGUGUUUGUUUACAAGCUUAUAUUUUGGGUUCUGAAGGGGUACAACAGUUGAACUAGACUCAUGAGGCAUUUAUAAGUUAUAUUCUUCAAGAAUCAAUAGGUACAUAUAAUUAAUUUGUAAAUCCAAAAAUGGAUGUAGCAACUGCUGAUUGUCCCUUUAAUAGUGCAUGGUGCAAGUGAUCAAUGCCUUUUGAAAUUCUGCACAGAUUAUUACUGCAAUUGUGAAAAUCUCCACAGACCUGCGAAGACCUAUGCAUUCUAUCUUGAACAUGCAUGCUUUAUAUGAUUACAUAAGGAGAAAUGUAUAGUUACAGUAACCUCAAUGUGGCCAUGGAUGUGUUACUCAUUUUAGGGUUGAAUGUUACAUUAGUUGUAAAAUAGCCUUAACUUUAGGUCAUGUAUAUGUUGUAUUCAAUUCUCCAUCUCAACCAAAAAUCAAAGUCAAAGAACAGGACUAAAUCAAAUCAAACUUUAAAUGUAACUUUUAAAAAGUUUUGAUUUGAUUUAGUCCUAUUCUUUAACUUUGAUUUUUGGUAGAGAUGGAGACAUGAAUCCAACAUAUAAAUUAUUCAUUUGUAGACAAACUGGAAUUAAAGCCAGAAUAACUCAGUGGAUCAGAUGGAACUAUCCAAGCAGAAGAUACAUCUGCUUCAAAAGUUGAUAUUUGGUUGCGUUUACAACCAAACACAAUUCAAUAUCACUAAAUAUCAUUACAUUUGACAUCAACCAGAGCUUGAAACCCUAGACCUAUUGUAUUGUCUAUUGUUAGUUGAAAUCUGGGUUGAAUUGAAACAAUAGCUGUUGAUGACUUUGCAAUUGCUAAAUAGGCCUAAAUAGCAUAAUUGAUGAUAUAUGAGUGAUAAAGUAUGGUCAUUUGCUCUUUAAACCUACCCUUUGCAAUGACUUCGAUAGCAACAGUGAAUCUAUUUAUUUUUUAAGUGGAGAUCUCUCAACAAUCAUUCUCACGAUAGCACAUUGAUAAUAGUCAGUAACAAAUAUCAUAGCUAAGCAGGGAUGGGCUUGGUUAAUAGCCAAACCAACAGUUUAAGUUGAUUACUGAUUACUUUUUUCAUAUCCAAUGUAUUUUCCAUGUAGAUUCCACAUCAUAAUACAUUGACAAAUUACAUUGAAACAAUGUUGAUUCAACCAGUUUGUUCCCAGUGGGUUAGUUAAUAAUUAUAUGUUGGUUUUACAUCUCCAUCUCACCCAAAAAAUCUAAGUUAAAGAAUAGGACUAAAUAAAAUAAAAUCAAACUUGAAAUGCAAUUUAAAUAAUGUUUGAUUUGAUUUAGUUAUUCUUUAACUCUCACAAUAGUACACUGGUAAUAGUCAGUUACAAAUAUCAUAACUAAACAGGGCUUGGUUAAAAUCCUAGAUGGGAGACCAAAGUGUAGCUGUGGAUAGACCAAUUGUGCUAUCCAGCCUAUGGUUUUUUUUCUGAUAGUGGAUAUAACGUUGAAGAUCUGAUGUUGUGUUAAAGGUACAAAUUCAACAUAUUGUAUACAAGGUUUGUCUAUGUUGAAAUUUAGUUACCAUGAUGACAUAAUCCUGGUUGAAAUUUCACCCUCAAAAAAACAAUUUACGUUGAUUACUUUUUUCAAAUCCAAUGUAUUUUCCACGUAGAUUCCGCAUCACAAUACAUUGGCAAAUUACGUUAAAACAUCGUUGAUUCAACCAGUUUGUGCCCAGUGGGUUGGCUCUUCUGUUUACCUUCUGAGACACAAUAGUUGUGGUUGUCCGGCUCAGACAGACAGGAGGAGUUUAGUGGUUGCGUCCCAAAUGGCACCCUAUUCCCUAUAUAGUUAACAAAUGUUACCAGAGCCCUAUGGGCCCAUUUGGGCCUUGGUCGAAAGUAGUGCACUAUAUAGGGAAUAGGGUGCCAUUUGAGACACAGAUAUUAUCUCCCAUCCCAAAGCUGCUUGUUAGUUUGUUGUUGCUGACUGACUCUUUCAUGGGGCAUUGGGGCAAUUCCCCCUAGCUAAUCCAGUUGGGUAAUUGGAUACAGAACUCAUUCACUGAUAGACAGACACGUCACCUCAAUUAUCAACUCACCCAACCCAUAUUCAAAACAACAACAGUGUUUGAAUGAAGCAUAUAGGCACAUUUAUGUUCUUGAUUUCUGAAAUGUUAACUGGACAGUGUGGACAAUGAUUGAGUUGAUUGAUUGUUAUGUAUUUGUGACAUUGUCUUGUUUUUCAAUGGAGGUAAUGCAUGUUAAAAUGAAUUUGGAAAACAGAGAGCCAUGCUAUGCUACACCCUUUGAAGAACUAUUUUUGGUUCCAUGUUGAACUCUUUUUGUUCCAAGUAGAACCGUUUUUGGGUUCCAUGUAGAACCCUUUUCACAGAGGGUUCUACCUGGAACCCAAAAAGGUUAUACCUGGAACCAAAAAGGGUUCUCCUAUGGGGAUAGCCAAAGAACCCUUUUGGAACCCUUUUGUUAAAGAGUGUAGCCUGACACAACAGUCAACUAUUUCUCUCUCUGUCUCUGGCUUUUAGGAGCCAUGCUCUAUGUAACAAUAUUUUUAAGCUGGGGAUGAAGGAUAUACAGAGCCUUCAGAAAGUAUUCACACCCCUUGACUUUUUUCACAUUUUGUUGUGUUACAAAUUGGUAUUCAAAUAGAUUGACUUGCCUUUUUCCCCCCAACGAUCUACACAAAAUACUCUGUAAUGUCAAAGUGGAAGAACAUUUUAUUUAAAAAUAAUAUAUCUUGAUUAGAAAGUAUUCAACCCCCUGAGUCAAUACAUAUCAGAAUCACCUUUGGCAGCGAUUACAGCUGUGAGUCUUUUUGGGUAAGAGCUUUGCACACCUGGAUUGUACAAUAUAUGCCCAUUAUUCUUUUUAAAACUCUUCAAGCUCUGUCAAGUUGGUUGUUGAUCAUUGCUAGACAGCCAUUUUCAAGUCUUCCCAUAGAUUUUCAAGCUAAUUUAAGUCAAAACUGUAACUAGGCCACUCAGGAACAUUCAAUGUCAUCUUGGUAAGCAACUCCAGUGUAUAUUUGGCCUUGAGUUUUAGGUUCCUACUGAAAGAUGAAUUUGUCUCCCAGUGUCUGUUGGAAAGCAGACUGAACCAGGUUUUCCUCUUGGAUUUUGCCUGUGCUUAGCUCUAUUCCAUUUAUUUUCAUCCUACCAAAAAAACUCCCUAGUCCUUGCCAUUGAUGAGCAGACCCAUAACAUGAUGCAGCCACCACCAUGCUUGAAAAUAUGUGAUAUGUUGUGUUGGAUUUGCCCCAAACAUAAUGCUUUUUGCAGAAUUACUUUAGUGCCUUAUUGUAAACAGGAUGCAUGAUUUUGUUUUUAUUCUGUACAGACUUACUUCUUUUCACUCUGUCAUUUAGAUUAGUAUUGUGGAGUAACUACAAUGUUGUUGAUCCAUCCUCAGUUAUCUCCUAUCACAGCCAUUAAACUCUGUAACUGUUUUAAAGUCACCAUUGGCCUCAGGGUGAAAUCUCUGAGCGGUUUUUUUCCUCCCCGUCAACUGAGUUAGGAAGGACGCCUGCAUCUUUGUAGUGACUGGGUGUAUUUAUACACCAUCCAAAGUGUAAUUAAUAACUUCACCAUGCUCAAAGGGAUAUUCAGUGUCUGCUUUUUUAAAAAUGUUUACCCAUCUAACAAUAGGUACCCUUCUUUGCGAGGCAUUGGAAAACCUCCCUGGUCUUUGUGGUUGAAUCUGUGCUUGAUACAGAUAAUUGUAUGUGUGGGGUACAGAGAUGGGGUAAUCAUAAAAAAAUCAUGUUAACCACUAUUAUUAUGCAACUUAAUAUGUUACCUUUUAAGCACAUUUCUACUCAUUCAAGUAUUUAGGCUUGCCAUAACAAAGGGGUUGAAUACUUAUUGACUCAAGACAUUUCAGCUUUACAUUUUUAUUAAUUUGUAAAAAUUUCUAAAAACUAAAUUCCACUUUGACAUUGUGGGUUAUUUUGUGUAGAUCAGUGGUAAAAAAUCUCAAUUUAAUCAAUUUUAAAUUCAGGCUGUAACACAACAAAAUGUGGAAAAAGUCAAGGGGUGUGAAUACUUUUUGAAGGCACUGUAGUUACUGCUCAUUUAGUACUUAUACUUAUUUAAAAUCAAAUAACACUUAUUAAUGUAUUUAAUGGAUAUUGUUUUUAGGAUACUUGCCAAAUCGAGCAUACGUGUGUCUGUGUGUGUGAGUGAGUGAGUCAACAUGUUUCCUUGUGACGUCACAUCCUGUGGCACAGAAAGAGCCCAGAAAUAGCGAUCCUGGCGGUUCUGUGGCGUAAGAGGAUUGGAAGAGAUUAUGAUUGCUGUGUGUCCCUCUCACUGACUCAUUCCAGUACAUAGAUGGGCCAUCUUUUUAACUAUAGAUUCAAAGCUGAUCCUUCCCCUUCUCCACUACCACAGACUGGCAUUUGGGAUGCAUCAACUGUCUCCCAGAUGGUUCCAACGGGGCACCAGGUUCCCAGACUCCUCACAGAUGUAAUGAGUGUUACACUGGUAUGACUGCCCACUUCAGACCCCUCACCGGAGCCCAUUUAAUUCCAACUGUGGCUGUGCCCUCACUGCUAACACCGUCUGUCACCCCCCUAAACUCAGAAUUCACUAGACCAAAAUAUCUAAUAUGCACUUUUUUACCAGAAGCAUUAUGCUCAGAUACCCAGGCUUCGCUCAAGUUGUUCCAAUAGUUUGAGUCAACAAGACGAGAUUUGGAAGGAUGGCCUCGUGAGACUAUACUGUAUACAACAGGCAAAUAGCCUACAGUGCAGAACAGUUUAAUGUGUAAGUUGAAGUGUGAGCUAAUCAAUUAUUCCUCCAUUUACAGAGAUAAUGAAUGAUGUCAUCAAGAAGGUGCACAAGAAGGGAGAAUGGAAGGUAUGGGCAGCUUCUAUAUCAAUUACAUUCUUAGUUAUGAAUGACUGUGUCUGUGAUAGUACAUGAUAGUGCUUGUCUGCGCCCAAAUGACACCCUAUUCCCUAUAUAGUGUACCACUUUUGACCCAGAGCCCUAUGAGCCCAAGUCGAAAGUCGCACACUAUAUAGGGAAUAGGGUGACCCCUUGACCCCAUGUAACCUCUGACCUGUGUCGUCCCUGUCCUCCCCCAGGUUCUGGUAGUAGACAAGCUGAGCAUGAGGAUGAUGUCAUCCUGCUGUAAGAUGACAGAUAUCAUGUCAGAGGGCAUCACCAGUGAGUACCACUCCGUCAACGUUGCACACGCACAUGCACGCUCAAUGUUCAGCGUCACUUCAUAGGCUAACUGAAUGACUGUGCUUUUCUCUCUUAUCCUGUCCAGUUGUUGAAGACAUCGGCAAGAAGCGGGAGCCUCUCCCUAGUAUGGAGGCCAUCUACCUCAUAACUCCCAAUGAUGAGGUAUUGGAACCAUUUAGUUUUUGUAAAUGCGUUUAUCCAAAGCGAUUUACUGUAAUACAAGCCUACAUUUACAUAUGGUUGGCUCCAGUUGGAAUCGAACCCACAGCCCUGGCGUUGGAAGCGCCAUCCUUUAUCAUCUGAGACACGCAGGAGCAGAAAACUUCAGCUUUCUUUGAUAAGAUUCGUGAUGUUCCCUUUCCUUCUCCUACCCAGACUGUGGAGGCACUCAUAGAUGACUUCAGAGAUCCGCGGUCGCCCAGAUACAGAGGAGCUCACGUCUUCUUCACUGACAGUGAGUAAUACUGGAGAGACAUGGGACGACUUUGUACCAUCACUUACUGUAUACAGUAUAUUAAUUCUGAUGAUGCCUUUAUAUCUGAUUCUCCUGGAUUACUGGGAACGGACUAGCAGAUGUAACGGCAGGCAACUCCUCUUUGCCACCAUACCAACACUCAAUGUCAACCUUACACAGUACACUUUUAGAAAAAAGGGUUCCAAAAGGGUUCUUCAGCUGUCCCCAUAGGAGAACCCUUUUUGGUUCCAGGUAAACCCCUUUUUGGUUCCAGGUAGAACCAUUUUGGGUCCCAUGUAGAACCCUCUACAUGGAACCAAAGACUGUUCUACUUGGAACCAAAUGUGUUCUACCUGGAACCAACAAGGAUUGUUCAAAUGAUUUCCUAAGGGGACAGCCGAAGAAACCUUUUAGGUUGUAGAUAGCAAAACAAUUUUUCUAAGAGUGUAGAGUAUAUUGAUUUCUAUUCUAUUUCCCUAUUCUUUCCAUCCUUUAAUUUCCUUGCAUAUUUUUUUUCACUCAACCCCCCCCCCCCCCCCACUCACAGCAAUCCCAGAUACAUUGUUCAAUCUGUUGACGAAAUCCCGCGCGUCCAAAGCCAUGAAGACCUUGACUGAGAUCCAUAUCGCCUUUCUGCCCUAUGAGUCACAGGUAAGAGCCUAUCUGCCCCUCUGUUCCUGGCGAGGGAUAGAGAGACAGAGGGAGAGAUACAUAGAGAGAGAGAGGAGGAGGAGGAGGAGGAGGAAAUGAGCUGGGGUUGUCUCCUCUCCUCUCUCUCCUGAUGGAAUGUUCCAGAGCAGAGCAGAGAGGCUUUAGCCAGGCCAUGGCUUUGCUGUGCCUCCAAUCCUCUGCUGUUCUAGAAUUAAUCCAACAGGGGGAGGUGUGGGGAUGAGAAGGAGAGGAGGGGGGUGUGGGGAUGCCACGUUGCCCAGCCUCCCUCCCUCCCUCCCUCCCUCCCUCCCUCCCAGUCCGUCUCUAAUCCCUCACCUCAUUGGCGGAUGCAUCAACAUGCUGCCCGGGGAGCCAAUGGGAGCCGGAGGAGGUUUGUGUGACAGGGGGAAGUUGUUUGCACACUAGAGGGAUUGUGCCUGACUGACACACAUAAUGGGUUAAUUAGAGUGGAUGGAGGGAGCCAUGGCUGAGAAGAAAUAGGAAGUUUCAGUUUGGAAAUAAACUGUCACUUACAGUGGGGCAAAAAAGUAUUUAGUCAGCCACCAAUUGUGCAAGUUCUCCCACUUAAAAAGAUGAGAGAGGCCUGUAAAUUUCAUCAUAGGUACACGUCAACUAUGACAGACAAAAUGAGAAAAAAAAUCCAGAAAAUCACAUUGUAGAAUUUUUUAUGAAUUUAUUUGCAAAUUAUGGUGGAAAAUAAGUAUUCGGUCAAUAACAAAAGUUUCUCAAUACUUUGUUAUAUACCCUUUGUUGGCAAUGACACAGGUCAAAUGUUUUCUGUAUGUCUUCACAAGGUUUUCAUAUACUGUUGCUGGUAUUUUGGCCCAUUCCUCCAUGCAGAUCUCCUCUAGAGCAGUGAUGUUUUGGGGCUGUCGCUGGGCAACACGGACUUUCAACUCCCUCCAAAGAUUUUCUAUGGGGUUGAGAUCUGGAGACUGGCUAGGCCACUCCAGGACCUUGAAAUGCUUCUUACGAAGCCACUCCUUCGUUGCCCGGGCGGUGUGUUUGGGAUCAUUGUCAUGCUGAAAGACCCAGCCACGUUUCAUCUUCAAUGCCCUUGCUGAUGGAAGGAGGUUUUCACUCAAAAUCUCACGAUACAUGGCCCCAUUCAUUCUUUCCUUUACACGAAUCAGUCGUCCUGGUCCUUUGCAGAAAAACAGCCCCAAAGCAUGAUGUUUCCACCCCCAUGCUUCACAGUAGGUAUGGUGUUCUUUGGAUGCAACUCAGCAUUCUUUGUCCUCCAAACACGACGAGUUGAGUUUUUACCAAAAAGUUCUAUUUUGGUUUCAUAUGACAUUCUCCCAAUCCUCUUCUGGAUCAUCCAAAUGCACUCUAGCAAACUUCAGACGGGCCUGGACAUGUACUGGCUUAAGCAGGGGGACACGUCUGGCACUGCAUGAUUUGAGUCCCUGGCGGCGUAGUGUGUUACUGAUGGUAGGCAUUGUUACUUUGGUCCCAGCUCUCUGCAGGUCAUUCACUAGGUCCCCCCGUGUGGUUCUGGGAUUUUUGCUCACCGUUCUUGUGAUCAUUUUGACCCCACGGGGUGAGAUCUUGCGUGGAGCCCCAGAUCGAGGGAGAUUAUCAGUGGUCUUGUAUGUCUUCCAUUUCCUAAUAUUUGCUCCCACAGUUGAUUUCUUCAAACCAAGCUGCUUACCUAUUGCAGAUUCAGUCUUCCCAGCCUGGUGCAGGUCUACAAUUUUGUUUCUGGUGUCCUUUGACAGCUCUUUGGUCUUGGCCAUAGUGGAGUUUGGAGUGUGACUGUUUGAGGUUGUGGACAGGUGUCUUUUAUACUGAUAACAAGUUCAAACAGGUGCCAUUAAUACAGGUAACGAGUGGAGGACAGAAGAGCCUCGUAAAGAAGAAGUUACAGGUCUGUGAGAGCCAGAAAUCUUGCUUGUUUGUAGGUGACCAAAUACUUAUUUUCCACCAUAAUUUGCAAAUAAAUUCAUAAAAAAUCCUACAAUGUGAUUUUCUGGAAUUUGUUUUCUCAAUUUGUCUGUCAUAGUUGACGUGUACCUAUGAUGAAAAUGACAGGCCUCUCUCAUCUUUUUAAGUGGGAGAACUUGCACAAUUGGUGGCUGACUAAAUACUUUUUUUCCCCACUGUAUGUCAUGGGGCAUUUGGCAGAGUUAUCAGAAAGCACAGCAUUGAUUGUACUGCUAUGCAGACGAUACAGAACUCUACAUUUCUGUGUCUCUAGAGGAUUUUAGCUCCACAAAAAAAUUAAUAGACUGUAUUAGUGAUUUAAAUACUUAAAUACUUCCUCCAGCUAAAUCAAGACAAGACCGAGGUACUUAUUGUUGGAGCCAAAGCACAGAGAGAGAAUCUAGCCGCACAUUUUAAAUAAAGAUGAAACACCAGGUAAAAUACAACUGAAUGCAUUCAACUGAAAUGUGUCUUCCACAUUUAACUCAACCUCUCUCAAUCAGAGAGGUGCGGGGGGCUGCCUUAAUUGACGUCCACAUCACCGGAGCCCAGGGAGCAGUUGUUGUUGGGGGUUAACUGCCUUGCUCAAGGCUGGAGGAAAUAAUAAAAGAUGUCUCAUCUGAUCCUACAGCACUGUACUGUAUUGUCAGUCAUUUGGGCAUCAAUUCAGUCAAAGAGGAUUAUAUUAUCUCACACACUAAUACAGUGCCUGCCCCUGCAUGCCCUCUGGAUAGGGUUACACACUUCUGUUAAUUUCCCCCAAAUUCCUGGUUAGAGGAUUCACACAUUUCUUGCUUAUUCCAUCCUGAUUCUGGGAAUAUUCCAACCAGGAUUUCUGGAAAGUGACCAACAUUUUUGGGUUUAGGCCGGGUAACUGUAAAGCACGUUGUUCCUGCUGAUGUAAAAACAGCCAAAUAAAAUAAAUGUCAUUGAUUUGAUUAUUUAUCUGUGUGUCUAGGUGUUUUCCCUGGACAAGACCGAUGCCUUCCAGGACUUCUACAGCCCCUACAAGGCUGACAUCAAGCGCAACAUGUUGGAGCGUUGUGCUGAGCAGAUCGCCACUCUCUGCAACACCCUGAAGGAAUACCCUGGCAUCAGAUACCGAGGGUGAGAGAGAGAGAGCUACAGCAAUAUCAAUUACUGCUGCUGUUUCAUGUAUACUGGCUUCUGUAGUGGUGGCUGGUGGUUCGUUUGAGUCCCAGACAGACCAGUGUGGAAUGUAUAGGCUAUGUCUCAAUCCAAAGGCAGCUACCUACCUCCAAAGGUAGCAUCCUUGUGGAUUGAGACAUAGCCUAUACAUUCUCCUCUGAGAGGAUUUUUAGAAGGAGUCAGUCUUCUGUAUGUCUGAUGGAAAGCUAACAGCCUGUGUGUUGUCUACUCUGUUGUCUUGACUCAGGGAGUACAAAGACUGUGCCACUCUGGCUCAGCUCCUGCAGGACAAGCUGGACGGCUACAAGGCAGACGACCCAACCAUGGGAGAGGUGAGACAGGAGUGCAGCCAACCAACAAGCCACACUGAUUUAACUGACAUAACACACACUGUAAACGGAUUACUGUGAAUCUGACAGUAUCUUACAGGCAGCUCAGUGGCAAGUACAAUUCUGUACUUCAUAUUACAGUACACCUACUGUAAUGUAAAUACUGUAUCAAAGCAAGUACGAUAGGUCAGCCACCCGCUGCUUUUACCCUUUCGCGGGCACGGUGUGUUUUGUCCUUUAGGUUACACUGAAACACGUCAUUAUGUCAAACCAAUGUAUCGCACACGCACAGGCAAAAUAAUGGAAUAGUCUAUUGUAGAUUGUUAUGACGUUUUGGAGGUUAUGAAACUGCAAUAGUACAGUCGAAUCAUAAUGUAAACCUCUUUGUCCAGCCUUUUGUCUCUCUGUCCCUGUCAGCUAAUAUGGCCCCCUCUUUCUCUCCGCCCUGCCUAGGGUCCGGACAAGUCUCGCUCCCAGCUCCUGAUUCUGGACCGAGGCUUUGACCCGGUCUCUCCCAUCCUCCACGAGCUCACCCUCCAAGCCAUGGGCUAUGACCUGCUGGGCAUCGAGAACGACGUCUACAAGUAAACACACACACAUUCACUGGCACAACCUGGCACAGCAAUGGGUUCAUAGCACACUGGCACAGCCUGGCACAGCAAUGGGUUCAUAGCAUACAACACACUGGGCCUCGCACCACAGAAUUACAGAGAACAUACAGUACCAGUCAAAAGUUUGGACACACCUACUCAUUCAAGUGUUUUUCUUUAUUUUUACAAUUUUCAACAUUGUAGAAUAAUAGUGAAGACAUCAAAACUAUGAAAUAACACAUAUGGAAUCAUGUAGUAACCCAAAAAAUAUAUAUAUUUUAGAUUUUAGAUUCUUCAAAUAGCCACCCUUUGCCUUGAUGACAGCUUUGCACACUCUUGGCAUUCUCUCAACCAGCUUCACCUGGAAUGCUUUUCCAACAGUCUUGAAGGAGUUCCCACAUAUGCUGAGCACUUGUUGGCUGCUUUUCCUUCACUCUGCAGUCUGACUCAUCCCAAACCAUCUCAAUUGGGUUGAGGUCGGGGGAUUGUGGAGGCCAGGUCAUUUGAUGCAGCACUCCAUCACUCUCCUUCUUGGUAAAAUAGCCCUUACACAGCCUGGAGAUGUGUCUUACAAAGACACAGCGGUUGGAACCAAAAAUCUCCAAUUUGGAUUCCAGACCAAAGGACAAAUUUCAACCGGUCUAAUGUCCAUUGCUCGUGUUUCUUGGCUCAAGAAGGUCUCUUCUUCUUAUUGGUGUCCUUUAGUAGUGGUUUCUUUGCAGCAAUCCGACCAUGAAAGCCUGAUUCACACAGUCCCCUCUGACCAGUUGAUGUUGAAAUAUGUAUGUUACUUGAACUCUGUUAAGCAUUUAUUUGGGCUGCAAUUUCUGAGGAGCAGUUAACUCUAAUGAACUUAUCCUCUGCAGCAGACUUAACUAUGGGUCUUCCUUUCCUGUGGCGGUCCUCAUGAGAGCCAGUUUCAUCAUAGCACUUGAUGGUUUUUGCGACUGCACUUGAAGAAACGUUCAACGUUUUUGAAAUGUUCCGUAUUGACUGACCUUCAUGUCUUAAAGUAAUGAUGGACUGUCGUUUCUCUUUGCUUAUUUGAGCUGUUCUUGCCAUAAUAUGGACUUGGUAUUUUACCAAAUAGGGCUAUCUUCUGUAUACCCCCCCUACCUUGUCACAACACAACUGAUUGGCUCAAACGCAUUAAGAAGGAAAGAAAUUCCACAAAUUAACUUUUAAGAAGGCACACCUGUUAAUUGAAAUGCAUUCCAGGUGACUACCUCAUGAAGCUGGUUGAGAGAAUGCCAAGAGUGUGCAAAGCUCUCAUCAAGGCAAAGGGGGAUUUGUUUAACACUUUUUUGGUUAUAACAUGAUUCCAUAUGUGUUAUUUCAUAGUUUUGAUGUCUUCACUAUUAUUCUACAAUGUAAAAAAUAGUAAAAAUAAAGAAAAACCCUUGAAUGAGUAGGUGUGUCCAAACCUUUGACUGGUAGUGUAUAGGAUCUCUAACCCUAUGUGAAUUAUAAGAUCUCUAUCCCUAUGUGAAUUAAUGAUAGGAUCUCUAUCCCUAUGUGAAUUAUAUAAUCUCUAUCCCUGGCACAGUCUAGCAAUAGGUCCAUCUCUCGUUUUGUUUGGAUAGGAAUUGUCAUCUUGUCCUGUAGCUUCGUAUUUGGCUCUAAAUCAACAUUUGAGCAUAUCUGUCUUUGCUGUUAUGAGCUGUUAUGUUGUACAUCGCUCUGUGUAUGACUCUGUUCCCUGUUUCUCUCUCUCUCAUCUCUCGCUUUCAUCUCUCGCUCUCUCAUCACUUGCUCUCUAAUCUCUCGCUCUCGCUGUCAGGUAUGACACCAGUGGGAUGGGGGAGGUCAAGGAGAAGGCAGUGUUGCUGGAUGAGGAUGAUGAUCUGUGGAUGAGUCUCAGACACAAGCACAUUGCAGAAGUCACCACGUAAGUCUUUACAAAAUAGGAUGCUCCCUUGGUUCACACACACAUACAGUUGAAGUCGGAAGUUUACAUACACCUUAGCCAAAUACAUUUAAACUCAGUUUUUCACAAUUCCUGACAUUUAAUCCUAGUAAAAAUUCACUGUCUUAGGUCAGUUAGAUCACCACUUUAUUUUAAGAAUUUGAAAUGUCAGAAUAAUAGUAGAGAGAAUGAUUUAUUUCAGCUUUUAUUUCUUUCAUCACAUUCACAGUGGGUCAGAAGUUUACAUACACUCAAUUAGUAUUUGGUGGCAUUGCCUUUAAAUUGUUUAACUUGGGUCAAACGCUUCGGGUAGCCUUCCACAAGCUUCUCACAAUAAGUUGGGUGAAUUUUGGCCCAUUCCUCCUGACAGAGCUGGUCUAACUGAGUCAGGUUUGUAGGCCUCAUUGCUCGCACACACUUUUUCAGUUCUGCCCACACAUUUUCUAUAGGAAUGAGGUCAGGGCUUUGUGAUGGCCACUCCAAUACCUUGACUUUGUUGUCCUUGCCACAACUUUGGAAGUAUGCUUGUGGUCAUUGUCCAUUUGGAAGACCCAUUUGCGACCAAGCUUUAACAUCCUGACUGAUGUCUUGAGAUUUUGCUUCAAUAUGUCCAGAUAAUUUUCCUUCCUCAUGAUGCCAUCUAUUUUGUGAAGUGCACCAGUCCCUCCUGCAGCAAAUCACCCCACAGCAUGAUGCUGCCACCCCCGUGCUUCACGGUUGGGAUGGUGAUCUUCUGCUUGCAACUACCCCCUUUUUCCUCCAAACAUAACGAUGGUCAUUAUGGGCAAACAGUUCUAUUUUGUUUCAUCAGACGAGAGGCAAAUAGGCACUGAGUUUGAAGGUAGGCCUUGAAAUACAUCCAAAGGUACACCUUCAAUUGACUCAAAUUAUUUCAAUUAACCUAUCAGAAGCUUCGAAAGCCAUGACAUCAUUUUCUGGAAUUUUCAAAGCUGUUUAAAGGCACCGUCAACUUAGUGUAUGUAAACUUCUGACCCACUGGAAUUGUGAUACAGUGAAUUAUAAGUGAAAUAGUCUGUCUGUAAACAAUUGUUGGAAAAAUUACUUGUGUCAUGCACAAAGUAGAUGUCCUAACCGACUUGCCAAAACUAUAGUUUGUUAACAAGAAAUGUGUGGAGUGGUUGAAAAACGAGGUUUAAUGAAUCCAACCUAAGUGUAUGUAAACUUCCGACUUCAACUGUACAUGCACGGACACACGGACGCCCUGCUGCCCUGUAUAGGGAUUUUAUUUAUUUCUCUCUCUCCCUCUCUAUCCCUCUCACACGUUCAAACAGGGCUGUGACCCGCUCCCUCAAAGAAUUCUCAGCCACCAAAAAGAUGAACACUGGAGAGAAGGUACAUGCAACUCAGUCUGUAUUAGUCCUACCUACCUACUGCAUUAUUGAACUGAGAUGUGUCCUUCGUAACCCUCUGUACUGUAUUGACUGCUGGAUGUGUCUAACAGUGAGGUGCUCUUCUGGGUUUGCUACAGACCACAAUGAAAGACUUGUCUCAGAUGCUGAAGAAGAUGCCACAGUAUCAGAAAGAGCUAAGCAAGGUAAGCAUGAUGAGUCAUAUGAUACUGUAUGGAUGUCCUAUCACAGAAAUAAUACACCCAACAUGCUCAGACAGACAACUGGUCCCCCAGGCAGUUAUGAAAUAUAACACGUAGAAGACCUUCACUAUGGACUAUUAAGACUAUGAAUGUGUGACACCAAAUGGGAGAAACAUGGAGAGACUACCUUGACGUUGUACAAUAAGAAAAUAAAUGCUUGUUUUCUUUUUUCGUUGCAAAGCGAUUUUGCUACGGUGUACACUAAUGAAUCCACCCCUCCCUGUGUUUCAGUACUCUACCCACCUCCACUUGGCUGAAGACUGUAUGAACCGCUACCAGGGCACGGUGGACAAGCUGUGUCGUGUUGAGCAGGUAACAGAAUAACCAGGGAGCCCAGGGAAUUGGAGUACAUUUGGGUAAAAUGUUUGUGAUCUGUUUGUACUAUUGCCAACUCCAUUGCUGUCAUUGUCAAGCCAAACAACCAGUGACAGGGAGUUGGCAUGAUAUCACAAAUAGACUAGCACUAGCACUAUUAAAAUGGGUACCCUGAGUGUACAAAACAUUAAGAACACCUUCCUAAUAUUGAGUUGCACCCACUUUUGCCCUCAGAACAUGGUCACUACAAGGUGUCGAAAGCGUUCCAUAGGGAUGCUGGCCCAUGUUGACUCCAAUGCUUCCCACAGUUGUGUCAAGUUGGCUGGAUGUCCUUUGGAUGGUGGACCAUUCUUAGAUAUAGCUUUUUUUUUAUUAUUAUAUAAUUUUCCUUGUUUCAGGUCAACAUGAAACAAGGUAACGUAAAACAUAACAUAACCAACAAACACCAAAACAAAACAAAAACAUACAAAAACAAUAAGAAUUAUACAUUCCAUUUUAGUUCUCUGCUCUGAAUUUUUCAUUACUUUAUUUAAAAAACGUAUCAUUAAUUUCAUUAACAUUAUUAUUAUUUAUUCAUUUUACUGUCACGAAAUGUGUGGCUGUAGUGUGUAAAAUACCCCUAACAAAGUAUAGAGGCCUAUACGACAACAUAAUUAUUUUAUACAAGAUAGUGACCAGGGUCCAGUUGACCCAUAGAUUCAUAUAAUUUGUAUAUUGACACUUCUUAGGGUAUCUGUAAGAUUAGGGGGAAGAUAGCAAAAAGGGGUCCCAUAUUGUAUAGAAAUCUCCUUCCUUGUUCCUAAUUAUAAACUGGGUGGUUCGUGCCCUGAAUGCUGAUUGGCUGACAGCCUUGGUAUAUCCGGACGUAUACCACGGGUAAGACAAAACAUUUAUUUGUACUGUUCUAAUUACAUUGGUAACCAGUUUAUAAGUGCUAUAGUUAAGCAAUAAGGAACUAGGAGAUGUGGUAUAUGGCCAAUAUACCACGGCUAAGGGAUGUAUCCAGGCAUUCCAGGCAUAAGAACAGUCCUUAGCCGUGGUAUAUUGGCCAUAUACCACAUCUCCUCGUGCCUUAUUGCUUAACUAUAGCACUCAUUUUCUCCAGUGUUAACACUUUAAAGAUCUCACUAUACCACUGAUUUAUUGUUGGUGGCUGGUCUUUUAUCCAGUUAAGGAGAAAGCAUUUGCGGGCCACAAAGAGUAAUAUUUUUAAGAAGAUUGAGCUGUGCUAAGGUAAGUGAGGGCCUGUUCCCAAUGACACCCAGUACAAAUAGCCAAGGGUCCAUUCUUAUAGGACAUACAACACUCCUUCCAUAGCCUCCAACUGCUCUUGAACGCUAGUAAAACUAAAUGCAUGCUCUUCAAUCGAACGCUGCUUGCACCCGCCUGCCCGACUAGAAUCACUACUCUCGGUGGGUCUGACUUAGAAUAUGUGGACAACUACAAAUACCUAGGUGUCUGGUUAGACCAUAAACACUCCUUCCAGACUCACAUUAAGCAUCUCCAAUCCAAAGUUAAAUCUAGAAUCGGCUUCCUAUUUCAUUUACAUUUACAUUUUAGUCAUUUAGCAGACGCUCUUAUCCAGAGCGACUUACAGGAGCAAUUAGGGUUAAGUGCCUUGCUCAAGGGCACAUCGACAGAUUUUUCACCUAGUCGGCUCGGGGAUUAGAACCAGCGACCUUUCGGUUACUGGCACAACGCUCUUCACAGCCUCCUUCACUCAUGCUGCCAAACAUGCCCUCGUAAAACUGACUAUCCUACCGAUCCUUGACUUCAGCGAUGUCAUUUACAAAAUAGCCUCCAACACUCUACUCAGCAAAUUGGAUGUAGUCUAUCACAGUGCCAUCCGUUUUGUCAUCAAAGCCCCAUAUACUACCCACCAUUGUGACCUGUACGCUCUCGUUGGCUGGCCCUCACUACAUAUUCGUCGCCAAACCCACUGGCUCCAGGUCAUCUAUAAAUCACUGCUAGGCAAAUCCCCGCCUUAUCUUAGCUCAUUGGUCACCAUAGCAACACCCACAUGUAGUAUGCGCUCCAGCAGGUAUAUCUCACUGGUCAUCCCCAAAGCCAACACCUCCUUUGGCCGCCAUUCCUUCCAGUUCUCUGCUGCCAAUGACUGGAACGAACUGCAACAAUCUCUGAAGCUGGAGACUCUUAUCUCCCUCACUAACUUUAAGCAUCAGUUGUCAGAGCAGCUUACCGAUCACUGCACCUGUACACAGCCCAUCAGUAAUUAGCCCACCCAACUACCUCAUCCCCAUAUUGUUAUUUAUUUUGCUCAUUUGCACAUCAUCUCUUGCACAUCUAUCAGUCCAGUGUUAAUACUAAAUUGUAAUUAUUUUGCACUAUGGCCUAUUUAUUGCCUUACAUCCAUAACUUACUACAUUUGCACACACUGUAUAUAGAUUUUCUAUUGUGUAAUUGACUGUAUGUUUUGUUUAUCCCAUAUGUAACUCUGUUGUUGUUUUUAUCGCACUGCUUUGCUUUAUCUUGGCCAGGUCCCAAUUGUAAAUGAGAAAAUGAGAACUUGUUCUCAACUGGCUUACCUGGUUAAAUAAAGGUGAAAAAGAAAAGAAAAUAAAAAUAUGAACAUGCCUUCCAGCUCCGUUUUGUAGUUAAUAGGCAAGUCCAAAACAGAUGGCCAUGAGUGCCUUUUUCCUUCUUACACUUACUACAGGUAUCAGAUAAUUCUGCUUUCAUUAUAUUCCAUAUAAUGGAGAGCCUAUGGAUCUUUGCAUAAUCUUAUAUUGCAUCUCUUGCACCUUGUUGCAGGUGAACAGUUGUCUUGCUUCGAGCAUAGUCUUUGUCCAAUUUUGAAUUUCUUGGCCUCUUCCCUGCUCCGUUUCCCAUAACCAAAUCAGAGCACUUGAGUUACUUUCAACAUUAGAAUGUAUAGCAGCAUAAAUUGAAGAGAUAAAGUGUUUAGGUCUUUCAGCUUUCAACAGGAGAUUGUCCACUGGGGUUCGUAUUGGGUUCUGUGGGGGAGCACCAUCUUGGAUUCAAUCAAAUGUCUUACUUGCAGAUACCCAAAGAAUUGUCUGUGUGGUACAGCACAUUUUUGUUGGAUUUGCUGAAACGAUAGCAACGUGUCACCAUCAAAGAUACCUGAUUUUGACCUCAUACCUUUCUGGUACCAGAGGUGGAAAAUGCUAUCAGAGACGCCAGGGGGAAAGGCCUUGUUAUUAAUAAGGGGAGUCAGAGCAGAAAAGUAAUCCUUUCUCCCAAUAUGUUUGCAAAUAUCUCUCCAGAUCUUAAAGGUACUGUUAAGAAUCGGGUUAUGUUUCACUUCUGUGCUGACUGUUUAUAUCACCAGUCAUAACACUGAUGAAUGAGUAUGGAGAUGUGAAGCAGUAGUUAUUACUGACCCACUUAGAGCAAUGUUCAUCUCUGAAACAUUCUGCAAUUAUGCGAGCAUGACAUGCCCAGUUAUAAAAUAGCAAAUUAGGUAGUGCUAGGUCUCCUAAAUGAUAUGGUAGCUGCAGUUUACAAAUGUUCAACCUUGGUCUUUUUCAGUGCCAUAUAAUGUCUGAGAGGUAUUUAUUGAGUUCAUUAAAAGUAUUUUUCGUUAUAUAUAAUGGAACCAUCUGGAGAGGAUAUAAAAGUCUGGGGAAAACAUUAAUUUUAAUCAGAUUAAUUCUACCCAACCAUGAUAAUGGCAAGUCCAUCCACCUAUCUACAGUGAGGGAAAAAAAGUAUUUGAUCCCCUGCUGAUUUUGUACAUUUGCCCACUGACAAAGAAGUGAUCAGUCUAUAAUUUCAAUGGUAGGUUUAUUUGAACAGUGAGAGACAGAAUAACAAUAAAAAAAUCCAGAAAAAUGCAUGUCAGAAUUGUUAGAAAUUGAUUUGCAUUUUAAUGAGGGAAAUAAGUAUUUGACCCCCUCUCAAUCAGAAAGAUUUCUGGCUCCCAGGUGUCUUUUAUACAGGUAAUGAGCUGAGAUUAGGAGCACACUCUUAAAGGGAGUGCUCCUAAUCUCAGUUUGUUACCUGUAUAAAAGACACCUGUCCACAGAAGCAAUCAAUCAAUCAGAUUCCAAACUCUCCACCAUGGCCAAGACCAAGGAGGUCUCCAAGGAUGUCAGGGACAAGAUUGCAGACCUACACAAGGCUGGAAUGGGCUACAAGACCAUCGCCAAGCAGCUUGGUGAGAAGGUGACAACAGUUGGUAUCAUUAUUCACAAAUGGAAGAAACACAAAAUAACUGUCAAUCUCCCUCGGCCUGGGGCUCCAUGCAAGAUCUCACCUCGUGGAGUUGCAAUGAUCAUGAGAACGGUGAGGAAUCAGCCCAGAACUACACGGGAGGAUCUUGUCAAUGAUCUCAAGGCAGCUGGGACCAUAGUCACCAAGAAAAUAAUUGGUAACACACUACGCUGUGAAGGACUGAAAUCCUGCAGCCCCCCGCAAGGUCCCCCUGCUCAAGAAAGCACAUAUACAGGGCCAUCUGAAGUUUGCCAAUGAACAUCUGAAUGAUACAGAGGAGAACUGGGUGAAAGUGUUGUGGUCAGAUGAGACCAAAAUCGAGCUCUUUGGCAUCAACUCAACUCGCCGUGUUUGGAGGAAGAGGAAUGCUGCCUAUGACCCCAAGAACACCAUCCCUACCGUUAAACAUGGAGGUGGAAACAUUAUGCUUUGGGGGUGUUUUUCUGCUAAGGAGACAGGACAGCUUCACCGCAUCAAAGGGACGAUGGAUGGGGCCAUUUACCGUCAAAUCUUGGGUGAGAACCUCCUUAAAAAGCUAUGAGAUAUUGACCGUAUCUGGAAAUAUAUAUAACCUGGUCUAGGCCAUCAUCUCCUAUGAGCAUCUUCCAUUGUGUUCAUUAGUCUCAAAUAAAUGUUUAGAUUUUACCAUUAGCUACCCUGGUACCGUCUACCUUCCUAGAGAAGUAGAUAUCAAUGCAAUUAAAACGGCAUUCAAUAGUGCAUUCAGUCAGCAACACCAUUAGCUAACAAGUAAUUGACUAGCCUAUUUAAUUAAUUAAUAAAUGAUAGCCUAAUAAUACUAAUGAUAAAGUAAUAAUAAUAACAAACUUCCCUUAAUUAAACAAGCUCAUAGUUUAAUAAGAACAAAAGAAGGAAGAGGAAUUCGUUCAUGAAGCUGGCUUCUUAAUCGAAUAUCAGGGCAAAUCCCAUUCUGCUUCAUAUUAUAUACAACAAAAUCAAACAGAACCACCUCUCAAUAUUUUAAUCCCAGUCUGAGAGCCAGGGCGAGGCUAUAGUGGCUCAUUAAUCUUUCAAUCUUGAUUAUUCGGGCCAUAUUAUGAUGGUCGUCCGACCCGCUCGAGUCAUUUUCCCCCACUGAGCUCUCAGCUCCAACAUAAAAAACAUAAGCCUAAUAAAUUGAAUCAUUCAUGGGGAGGAAAAAGAGAGGUGUCUUAGGAAUCUUUAUCCUGAGAGCGGACAGGCACCCAGACACCACAUCAAUGUGAAAAUCUAAACAGAUUAGACCCAUACAAUCGGCAACAGUUGACCGUAGGUGCGCUCGACCCCAUCCGCCUCGAGCCACCGGUCGGCCGAGGCCCCUGCCCUUGGCCAAAGGGUUUUUCCAAAAUAAUAAUAUUUUUUUUUAAAAACUAUUAUAAAUAAAUCAGGUCUAUGAUGAGUCAUAUAUUAUUUUCAUCAACACAAAGAAUGUAUAUGCAGUUAGCCUAUAUUGUCCUGUUUGAAUGACAUGACGCAUGUGACCAGAGUGCAAUAUUCACCGUUAGGCUACCUCGCCAAUAAUUAAUAUCCAGUUGAAAUACGUAGUCGUGCAGCAUACUUAAGAGGGAACUAAACAAGAAACUAAAUAAUUCCUUCACGUCAUUACAUCAUGAGUCAUGACUGCUAUUUCCUUUAGUCUUUAGUGAGUUCAUCGUGCAGGUGUUGGACCAUUCUUGAUACACACGGGAAACUGUUGAGCGUGGAAAAACCCAGCAGCGUUGCAGUUCUUGACACACUCAAAACGGUGCGCCUGGCACCUGCUACUAUACCCCGUUCAAAGGCACUUAAAUCUUUUGUCUCGCCCAUUCACCCUCUGAAUGGCACACAUACACAAUCCAUGUCUAAAUUGUCUCAAGGCUUAAAAAUCCUUCUUUAACCUGUCUCCUUCCCUUCAUCUACACUGAUUGAAGUGGAUUUAAAAGGGAUCAUAGCUUUCACCUGGAUUCACCUGGUCAGUCCAUGUCAUGGAAAGAGCAAUGUUUUGGACACUCAGUGCAUAUCUGUUAGAUCUCUAACCCUCUAACCCACCCCGUGCCCCUCCAACUGUCUUGCACUACCCCAGGACCUAGCGAUGGGUACAGAUGCAGAGGGGGAGAAGAUCAAGGACCCCAUGAGGGCCAUCGUACCCAUCCUGCUGGAUAAAGACGUCACCGUCUUCGACAAGAUCCGCAUCAUCCUGCUAUACAUCUUCAUGAAGAAUGGUGAGAGAGAAAUCUAUUUUCUGUGUCUGUAUUUUACUAUGUACAUAGCUCCACUUCUCCGUUACCAUUACAAUUCUGAUUCUGUUGUGUGGGUGUGUGCAUGUUUCUGCAUGUCUGUGCAUGUUUUCAUGCGUGCGUGUGUGUUUUUCGGUGUAUGCGUCCAUGUCUGUGUUUGUGCAUGUGUGCGUGUCAGGUGUUUCGGAGGAGAAUCUGUGUAAGCUCCUCCAGCAUGCUAACAUCCCUCCUGAGGACAGUGACAUAAUCGCCAACAUGGCCCAUAUGGGCAUGCCCAUCAUCACGGAGGUGAGAUCCUAUAGUAACAUAGUAAAACCAGGACAUAUAUUCAUUAGGCACUGAACAGAAGAAAACGGACUGUAACAGGGAGGGACUACUAGCUAACUUGUCCAACAAGCAACGCUUGUUUUCGUUUUCUGUUGCAAAAUGUUUUGCUACAGUGUGCUCUAAUGAAUAUGACCCAGGAACCCUUGUGGAACCAUCUCACAACUCUCUCACACACUUUAACGUGGAUUGGGGAUCCAUUUUUGGGAUAGUGGCAUAAAUAUGAUAUCCGCAGUGUAUAUAUGCUAUCUGUGUCCAACUGAAAAAUAUUUCAGUGCAUCAAUCAUCUACUGUACUUUCUAGGGGAACCCGACCCGCAAAGUGAAAAAGACUGACCGGAAGGAGCGAGUGAGUGAGCAGACCUACCAGCUCUCCCGAUGGACCCCUCUCAUCAAGGACAUCAUGGAGGCAAGUCCAGUCUGCUGUUGUAGACUGUUAUAUACUUGAUUUGAUUAGCGAGUAGGGUCUAUCAUACAUUAAUUUAGUGUGGGUUAAGACUGGCAUAAAAAAAAUGGUCUCUCCCUUCUAGGGUUCAGACAGGGUAUGGACAUGAGGCUAGGGUUAGGGUUAGGGUUGAGCCGGGGUAUGGUUAGUCCACUGACCCAAUUUUGUAUCUCUACAGGAUGCCAUUGAGGACAAACUGGAUCCAAAGCAGUACCCCUACAUCACCCAACGCACAGCAUCCACCCACAGCAGCGCUCCAUCAAGGUAUACAGAUAAACCCUAUUAAUUUUACAUCACCUCUGUGCUCUGUCACUUCUGAGUUUCCAAUGACUUACUGACAUUUUUCAUUUUAGGUCCUAGUGGAGGUAGGAACAAUACUUUGGUUUGAUAGUUUGUAUACUGAACAAAAAUAUAAACGCAACAUGUCUAAAGUGUUGGUCCAAUGUUUCAUGAGCUGAAAUAAAAGAUCCCAGAAAUGUUCCAUACGCACAAAAAGUGUAUUUCUCUAAAAUGUUGUGCACAAAUUUGUUUACAUCCCUGUUAGUGAGCAUGUCUCCUUUGCCAAGAUAAUCUAUCCAUCUGACAGGUCUGGCAUAUCAAGAAGCUGAUUAAACAGCAGGAUCAUUACACAGGUGCACCUUGUGCUGGGGACAAUAAAAGACCUCUCUAAAAUGUGCAGUUUUGUCACACAACACAAUUCCACAGAUGUCUCAAGUUUUAAGGGAGCGUGCAAUUGGCAUGCUAACUGCAGGAAUGUCCACCAGAGCUGUUGCAAAAUAAUUGAAUGUUAAUUUCUCUACCAUAAGCCGCCUCUAACGUCGUUUUAGAGAAUUUGGCAGUACGUCCAACUGGCCUCACAACUGCAGACGUGCAUGGCAUCGUGUGAGCGAGCGGUUUACUGAUGUCAACGUUAUGAACAGAGUGCCCCAUGGUGGCGGUGGGGUUAUCGUAUGGGCAGGCAUAAGCUACAACAAACAACGAACACAAUUGCAUUUUAUCAAUGGCAAUUUGAAUGUACAGAAGAACCGUGACGAGAUCCUGAGGCCCAUUGUCAUGCCAUUCAUCCACCGCCAUCACCUCAUGUUUCAGCAUGAUAAUGCACAGCCCCAUGUUGGAAGGAUCUGUACACAAUUCGUGGAACCUGAAAAUGUCCCAGUUCUUCCAUGGCCUGCAUACUCACCAGACAUGUCACCCAUUGAGCAUGUUUGGGAUGCUCUGGAUCGACGUGUACGACAGCAUAUUCCACUUCCUGCCAAUAUCCAGUAACUUCGCACAGCCAUUGAAGAGGAGUGGGACAACAUUCCACAGGCCAAAAUCAACAACCUGAUGAACUCUAUGCGAAGGAGAUGUUGCGCUUCAUGAGGCAAAUGGUGGUCACACCAGAUACUGACUGGUUUUCUGAUCCAUGCCACUACUUAGGUAUCUGUGACCAACAGAUACAGUUGAAGUCGGAAGUUUACACACACCUUAGCCAAAUACAUUUAAACUCAGUUUUUCACAAUUCCUGACAUUUAAUCCUAGUAAAUAUUCACUGUCUUAGGUCAGUUAGGAUCACCACUUUAUUUUAAGAAUGUGAAAUGUCAGAAUAAUAGUAGAUAGAAUGAUUUAUUUCAGCUUUUAUUUCGUUCAUCACAUUCCCAGUGGGUCAGAAGUUUACAUACACUCAAAUAGUAUUUGGUAGCAUUGCCUUUAAAUUGUUUAACUUAGGUCAAACGUUUUGGGUAGCCUUCCACAAGCUUCCCACAAUAAGUUGAGUGAAUUUUGGCCCAUUCCUCUUGACAGAGCUGGUGUAACUGAGUCAGGUUUGUAGGCCUCCUUGCUCGCACACACUUUUUCAGUUCUGCCCACACAUCUUCUAUAGGAUUGAGGUCAGGGCUUUGUGAUGGCCACUCCAAUACCUUGACUUUGUUGUCCUUAAGCCAUUUUGCCACAACUUUGGAAGUAUGCUUGGGGUCAUUGUCCGUUUGGAAGACCCAUUUGCGACCAAGCUUUAACUUCCUGACUGAUGUCUUGAGAUGUUGCUUCAAUAUAUCCACAUAAUUUUCCUUCCUCAUGAUGCCAUCUAUUUUGUGAAGUGCACCAGUCCCUCCUCCAGCAAAGCACCCCCACAGUAUGAUGCUGCCAACCCCCUGCUUCUCGGUUGGGAUGGUGCUUGCAAGCCCCCCAUUUUUCCUCCAAACAUAACGAUGGUCAUAAUAGCCAAACAGUUCUAUUUUUGUUUCAUCAGACCAGAGUACAUUUCUCCAAAAAGUAUGAUCGUUGUCCCCAUGUGCAGUUGCAAACCGUAGUCAAGGCUUUUUAUGGCGGUUUUGGAGCAGUGGCUUCUUCCUUGCUGAGCGGCCUUUUAGGUUAUGUCGAUAUACAGUAGAACUCGUUUUACUGUGGAUAUAGAUACUUUUGUACCUGUUUCCUCCAGCAUCUUCACAAGGUCCUUUGCUGUUGUUCUGGGAUUGAUUUACACUUUUCGCACCAAAGUACGUUCAUCUCUAGGAGACAGAACGCGUCUCCUUAUAUGACGGCUGCGUGGUCCCAUGGUGUUUAUACUUGCGUACUUUGUUUGUACAGAUGAACAUGGUACCUGGCUGAUUUCUUUUGAUUUUCCCAUGAUGUCAAGCAAAGAGGCACUGAGUUUGAAGGUUGGCCUUGAAAUACAUCCACAGGUACACCUCCAAUUUACUGAAAUGAUGUCAGUUAGCCUAGCAGAAGCUUCUAAAGCCAUGACAUAAUUUUCUGGAAUUCUCCAAGCUGUUUAAAGGCACAGUGAACUUAGUGUAUGUAAACUUCUGACCCACUGGAAUUGUGAUACAGUGAAUUAUAAGUGAAAUAAUCUGUCUGUAAACAAUUGUUGGAAAAAUGACUUGUGUCAUGCACAAAGUAGAUGUCCUAACCGACUUGCCAAAACUAUAGUUUGUUAACAAGAAAUGUGUGGAGUGGUUGAAAAACAAGUUUUAAUGACUCCAACCUAAGUGUAUGUAAAGUUCCGACUUCAACUGUACAUAUCUGUAUUCCCAGUCAUUUGAAAUCCAUAGAUGAAGGCCUAAUUUAUUUAUUUAAAUUGACUGAUUUUCUCAUAUGAACUGUAACUCAGUAAAAUAUUUGAAAUUGUUGCAUGCUGCGUUUUAUAUCUAUAUUUUGUAGUAAAUCUAUAGACGCUCUACAAACUAUUGAAAGAUUAUCCUAACAUGUCAACAGGAUGUCUUUUGACGUUCAACAAGAAAGUGUCUGUAGUCCAUCCACAGAUGUUCAACAAACUGUCAAUAGACUAUUAUCAACAUCUCAUCAGCUUUUCUUUAGCCUUUCAGUAGCAUCUCAACAGUAUGUCUCAUCAUAGAUGGACUAUCCAAAUAAAUUACUUGAAUAUCUUCCCCUCUCAUUGCAGUGCCCGGUACGGUAACUGGCACAAGAAUAAGGGCCCCACAGAGAUGAAGACAGGUCCCAGAGUCAUCAUCUUCAUCAUCGGAGGCAUGACCUUCAGCGAGAUGCGCUGUGUCUACGAGGUCACACAAGCCAAUGGCAAAUGGGAGGCCAUCAUUGGUGAGUUGGCAGCAUGCGUAGGGUUACAUGUGUUACCCUUUUGUGUUCUGUUUUUCUUUAACAUGGGAAUAUAAGCGGAGAAUAAAUACAUAGGCCUAGGCAAUAUCAAUGGGCUGGAUGCAUCAGUUGGAUGUAUGCCUGAUCAUCAAAUAAAAUACAAUUGUAUUUGUCACAUGCUUUGUAAACCACAGGUGUAGAUUAACAGUGAAAUGCUUACUUAUGGGUCCUUUUCCAACAAUGCAGAGUGAAAGAUAAAACAUAAAAAAUAAAUAAAAAUAGUGACAGGAAUAAAUACACAGUGAAUAACGAAUAACAAUAGCAAGUUAAAAUAAUAUGGCUAUAUACAGGGAGUACCAGUACCGAGUCAAUGUGCAGAGGUACGAGGUAAUUGAGGUAGCUAUGUACAUAUAGGUAGGGGUAAAGUGACUAGGCAACAGGAUAGAUAAUAGACAGUAGCAGCAGUGUGUUCGGUGAGUGUGUGUGAGUGUCAGUGUGGUGUCAGUAUGCAUGUGUGCGCAUGUUGUGUGUGUGUGUGCUGGGGUGUCAGUGUAAGUAUGUGUGAGUGUAUGUGAAUAGAGUCAGUGCAAGAGAGUUAGUGCAAAAAAGGGUCAAAGGAGGUAGUCCGGGUAGCCAUGUGAUUAGCUAUUUAGCAUUCUUGUUUAGCAGUCUUAUGGCUUCGGGGUAGAAGCUGUUCAGGAUCCUGUUGGUUCCAGACUUGGUGCACUGGUACCGCUUGCCGUGUGGUAGCAGAGAGAACAGUCUAUGGAAGGUGUUCAGUCCCAGGGUUCUGAGCUUGGUGAUGAGCUUGGAGGUGUUGAAUGCUGAGCUGUAGUCAAUGAGCAGCAUUCUUACAUAGGUAUUCCUUUUGUCCAGGUGGGUGAGGGCAGCGUGGAGUGCAAUAGAGAUUGCAUCAUCUGUGGAUCUGUUGGGGCGGUAUGCGAAUUGGGUGUCUGGGAUGGUGUCUGGAAUGGUGGUGUUGAUGUGAGCCAUGACCAGCCUAUCAAAGCAUUUCAUGGCUAUAGAUGUGAGUGCUACGGGGCGAUAGUCAUUUAGACAGGUUACCUUGGCGUUCUUGGGCACGGGGACUAUGGUGGUCUGUUUGAAACAUGUUGGUAUUACAGACUGGGUCAGGGAUAGUUUGAAAAUGCCAGUGAAGACACUUGCCAGCUGGUCAGUGCAUGCUCUGAGUACGUGUCCUGGUAUUCCGUCUGGCCAUGCGACCUUGCGAAUGUUAACAUGUUAACCUUACUCACAUUGACUACGGAGAGCGAAAUAACACUGUUGUCUGGAACAGCUGGUGCUCUCAUGCAUGGUUCAGUGUUGCUUGCCUUCGAAUCGAGCAUAGAAGGCAUUUAGCUCAUCUGGUAGGCUCGCGUCACUGGGCAGCUCACGGCUGGGUUUCCCUUUGUAAUCCGUGACAGUUUGCAAGCCCUGCCACAUGCGUCGAGUGUCAGAGCCGGAGUAGUAGGAUUUGAUCUUAGUCCUGUACUGAAGCUUUGCCUGUUUGAUGGUUCGUCGGAGGUCAUAGCAGGAUUAGUGUCCCGCUCCUUGAAAGCGUCAGCUCUAGCCUUUAACUCAGUGCGGAUGUUGCCUGUAUCCCUGGUUUCUGGUUGGGGUACCCACUGUCACUAUUAAUGAAGCCGGUAAACUCCUCCAUGUUAUCGGAUGAAUCCCAUAUUCCAGUCUGUGCUAGCGAAACAGUCCUGUAGCUUAGCAUACGCUUCAUCGUACCACUUCCGUAUUGAGCGUGACACUGGUACUUCCUGUUUGAGUUUUUGCUUGUAAGCAGGAAGAAGGUGGUGGUUAUGGUCUGAUUUGCCAAAGGGAGGGCGUGGGAGGUAGCCUAGCUAACGUUAGCCACCUACCUAAUGUUAGCAUUAGCCACCUAGCUAUCUUGAAUAAUUCUAUCUAUACUUAGGAACUGUGGAAAUCAUUAGAAUAUACAGUUGAAAUCCUAUAGUGCUGUUCCGCUGUGUCUGACUCGGCUGUUGCUGCUGCUGCUGCUACUGGGUGGAAUCUGCUUAGUUUGUUAGUGGGCUCAGAUCAGAUGGUGUUUCUGAGAAUGUAUCAGAUAGAGGAUGUGUGUGUUGUGAGUGCAGAGAAUGGAUACCACCAGGGGCAGGGACAGGGACACAGUUAUUCUAGGAAGGUACUGAAUUACAUUGAUCUACAGAUCAGUUAUCUAUUACAGGCCAAGUCUAGGUCAAGUUAAAUGACUUACCUGCAUCUUAAAUGGCAGCCUAUUCCCUAUAUAGUGCAUUACUUUAGGGUGCCAUUUAGGACAGAAAAAGAAGCUCAAUUCAUGUUAUCUGGAGAACAUCCUUUCACACAUGUUAACUCCUUUUACAUUCAUAUUUUCUUUUGCCACUAACAUUUUUCUUUCAGGGGACCUUACCAUUUUAUAUCAGAUAAAGUGCGAUGACUCGAUCUCCACUCGGAAGACAAUGGAGACCUUACACAAAAACAGAGAAUGAGAUUAGGGUGCAAUGUGAAAACCUUUGUCCCUCCUUAGGUUCCACCCACACACUCACUCCCACCAAAUACCUAAAGGAGCUGCAGCACCCUGACUUCCUGGACCCCAACGCUGCUCCUGAAGAACCAGAACCUACCCCUGCAGAAUGA